CGACUUUUGACACAGCACGCAGCCAACAAUACGGACGGACAGAGCUGCAAUAUAUCGAUACUCUUAUCAACCUGACUGACCCAUCAGUAAACGGGUGAUCUUUUAGAUAGAUCAUCCUUUUGCUUGCAUGUUCAAGCACAUAAAGUUCUUUCAUCUACUCAACCACUAUCAGAAAAGUCAACAGUCUAUUUUCCUGCUCGGAGAGUCCUUACUAGGUGAUUUCGUGAAGGAUUACUUGGACGAGACCGAGACUACCUCCAACUACGACAAAGCGCAUCAUUACGCAUGUGUGACUACAAAGCACAGUCACUAAACACUCCAGUCAGCAACUCAUUAUCAACGUUCACUUCACUCCAUCUUCCUCACAUUGAAACCAAAUCUCAGCUAUGGCUACCGCAAUGGAGACCGACGAAGUUCCCUUCCAGACUACAAAAGUAGUUAGCGAUGCUGCAUCAGCAUCUGGUCUCAUCAUUACCUUACAUGCUCUCGUCAUUAUAAAUAUAUCGGAUCAGUGGACACGAACGAAGAUGCAGCAGGGCGACGUGAACCCAAUAGUCAUUGGCGCCCUGCUCGGCACACAAUCAGGGCGUGAGAUUGAAAUAUUCGAUUCGUAUGAGCUACCAUUUACAAUAGUAGACGAGAAGCCUGUAAUGGAUAAAGUGUAUUUUGUCAGCAAACAGGAGCAGCUUAGGCAAGUAUUCCCUACAUACGACUUUCUCGGAUGGUAUUCAACAGGAGCACAACCAUCUGCAACCGAAUUGCAUCUUCAUCAACAAAUGAUUGGAUAUAACGAAAGCCCUUUAUUUCUGCAACUUAACCCUCUCGUAUCACCAACUGCAAAAGACUUCCCAAUCUCAGUAUAUGAAUCUAUAAUUGAUCUCGUCGGGGGACAGGCCCAGCUCCUCUUUCUCAAAUCGCAGUAUAAGAUUGAGACAGGAGAAGCGGAACGAAUUGCCGUCGAUCAUGUGGCGCACGUUACAAAUGCAUCGACAGAUAAAGGAUCAACAUUAAUCACACAUCUUGUCGGUCAACGAAAUGCAAUCAAGAUGCUCCAUGCCCGAAUCCGACUCAUACAUGAAUAUGUGUCUGAUGUUGAGAGUGGUAAAAUUCCAAGAGAUCACAAUAUUAUGCGCCAAAUUGCAAGCCUGGCGAAUAGGUUACCGACGAUAGAUAGUCCUGAAUUUCAAGAAGAGUUUCUCGUUGAUUAUAAUGACGUACUUCUCAUGACGUAUCUUGCAACGAUAACGAAAGGGACAAGUGCUAUUUCUGAGCUGGUGGAGAAGUUCAACAUGGUUGGGCCCAAACGUCCGGGAGGGUUUCCUCGUGGGCCGGCUGCGUAUCUUGGGUAGAUCCCGGCACGCAACGUCGCACGCAACGUCAUUCUCUCCAAAAAUACAUCUUUGGAACAGAUCUUUCGCUGUCCUAUCCAUUUGGACUGAGCAUUGCUUCCAUAUCGGCUAGCUGUUCUUUCAAGUCCUUUGAAAAAAUAAGCUAAUGAGAAGGCGAGGAUCCAGACACGUGAAUAUUCUCACCAACCUUAUAUCGCGCGUAUUCCCUAGCAAUGGGCGCGCGAUCUUCGGCGGUCUUCAAUGCCCUUCCAUGUUCCCUCAUGAAAUCUUCCUGGAACUUGUGUAAGCGCAUUUGCAGGAGCUUUUUCUCGUAACGGAGCUUUUUAUAUCUUCCAGAAAGGAGAGAGUGAGUUCCUUGAUAGUCCGUAAUAAAAGCAAUGUGGUUAGCGUA